AGUGACGUCAGAAAGGUCGUGGGUGAGAGGUGAUUGGGACUCAUCUUGUUGUCUUUGUAAGAGUGGAGCUCGAUCACGCAGCCGUGUCUUCCCUUUUCCCCGAAUCCUUUCAAAACUCCCUCCCGAACCUUUCCCUCUCACCCUCCGGACCCCGGACCCUCAUCCCCUCCCCGCCUCGCGCGUCAGGUUGAUCACCCGUGACCAAAGAUCCAGAGCUUAACUCAUCGUUAAUCAUGGACUCUGGUGUGAUUGAAGGAGGACUCAAUGUCACGCUCACCAUCAGACUGCUCAUGCAUGGCAAAGAAGUGGGCAGCAUCAUUGGGAAGAAAGGUGAAUCGGUGAAGAAGAUGCGAGAGGAGAGCGGUGCUCGGAUCAACAUUUCUGAAGGCAAUUGCCCAGAACGCAUCAUCACCCUCGCAGGACCCACGACCGCCAUCUUCAAAGCCUUCUCCAUGAUCAUCGAGAAACUCGAGGAGGACAUCAGCAGCUCCAUGUCUAACAGCACGGCCACUUCGAAGCCUCCGGUUACGCUGCGAAUUGUGGUGCCGGCCAGCCAGUGCGGAUCGCUCAUUGGCAAGGGUGGCUGCAAGAUCAAAGAGAUCAGGGAGUCAACAGGAGCUCAGGUACAGGUGGCUGGAGACAUGCUGCCUAACUCUACUGAGAGAGCCAUCACUAUCGCUGGAACACCACUCUCCAUCAUCGAGUGUGUGAAACAGAUCUGUGUGGUCAUGCUGGAGUCUCCUCCCAAAGGUGUGACUAUCCCUUACCGACCCAAACCCUCAGGAUCGCCUGUUAUUUUUGCAGGAGGACAGGCAUAUGCGGUGCAGGGACAACAUGCCAUUCCUCAGCCUGAUCUCACUAAACUGCACCAGUUGGCAAUGCAGCAGAGUCCGUUUCCUCUUGCUCCCAGUAGCCAAGGGUUCACUGCUGGUAUGGAUGCCACUGCACAGACAGGCUCUCAUGAACUGACCAUUCCAAAUGAUUUGAUUGGCUGCAUCAUCGGCCGUCAAGGUGCCAAGAUCAAUGAGAUUCGUCAGAUGUCAGGUGCACAGAUUAAGAUCGCCAACCCCGUGGAGGGCUCGACCGACCGGCAGGUCACCAUCACCGGCUCGCCAGCCAGCAUAAGUCUGGCCGAGUACCUCAUCAACGCACGACUCUCAUCUGAGGCAACAGGACUGGCUGCUAACUAAUGCUCUCCACCACCCUUUACUCCUCCUCAUCACACAUUUACACUCUUUAAGUGCAAAAAGAAACCAAGUAUUCUCAACCUAUCCUUUCACCCACCCGAGCUAUGCUUCAUGGAUAUACACAAGUAUUUUAUUUAUUUAUUUCAUGGAAAUGUUUUUAAAAUCCCUUUGCGUACAGUUUUUAAUGUCUUGUUUUUCCUUUGAUGCAUAUUCUGUCAGUUAACAUUACCACAAGAAAGUGACAGUGGAGUAAGUGGGAAAAAUCUGAAUAGACAUGUUUUUGUUAUACCAGAUUUUUCUUAUUAAAACAGAAAAAACAGUAAUAAAAAAGAGAGCAACUAAUUAUGAUAGAUUGAAUGCUUUCCCUGUAUUGAACAUUUAUUUAUUUUAAUUUAACUCUAGGAAGUUACAGAUGUUUUAAAAUCUGAGGUGAGCUUAAGAAGAUGAGCUCUUGUUUUUCUGCAUCAGAUCCAUUUGAAUCAGUUUCAGGUGACUAAAGAUUUUCUUUUAACUUUUGAAUAUGUCAUUCCUUUUCUUUUUUUUUUAUCCUGAAGUUGGAGAUUUUGUUAGAGGGAGGGAUGAGAGAUGAAUAUUGCUGUAGUUUCUGCAUAAAUGACAUUACUGAAACAAUAAUGAGUUGAAAAUAUUUCUUAGAGAAUAGAGAAUAUUUUUUUUAACCUUGUGGUGUGGAGCCCAGACCGGAGGAUUUCAAAUUGUCAAGUUUAUAUGAUGAUGCAACUGAGUUACUGAACAAUGACAUGACUAGAAGGAACUUUCUAGAAUUAACACUAGUUUCCUCUCUACUCUGCUUGAGUAAUAGUUUUGUUUUGUAUUAUUUUUGUUUUUUGUUUGUUUAUUUCUUGCAGGAGGACGGAAAACCUAAAAACCUUUUUGUGCACGUUUUCAGAAUAUUGUAGAUUUGGAGUGCAGCAGGAUUGAAGAAUUAAACAUGCUAAAUUAAAACAUGAAAUGCUGAAAUUAUG